AUGUCCAGAGUCUCUACGCCGUCGCUACCGCUCUACAACACCUCCAAUGGCCCAGACACAGCCUCUCGUGGAGCAACGCCUUUGCUGUCUCCUCCAGAGCCGCCUCAGCGACGAACAACACCAUCGUCAAUAACGUCGCAAUUCUCCUUGCUAUCCUCCCACGAAACCGCGCGCAAACUCGAAACGUCAGUGACUCGCGGUCUCUCCUCGUCCAGCGCGUCGGCGCGAAUCCAUACCCAUGGGCUCAACGAGCUUCCCCACGAGGACCCUGAGCCACUAUGGCUUCGAUUUCUCAAACAGUUUAAAGAGACCUUAAUAUUGCUGUUACUUGGUUCUGCUGCGGUGUCUCUGGUUAUGGGAAACCUGGAUGAUGCCGUCAGCAUAGCGGCUGCAGUUACAAUCGUCGUAACAGUCGGAUUCGUGCAAGAAUACCGAUCGGAGAAGUCAUUGGAGGCAUUAAACCAGCUCGUUCCCCAUUCCGCCCAUGUAAUUCGCACUGGAGUGGAGCAGCCUCGAAACGGUCGGGUAGCAAACGGCGUGGGUGCCGGAAACGAAGAUAUGGAUGAGGUCAAGGACACGCCAGCCUCGCUGGAGGCUGCAGAGGGCCGCUCCAAUACUAUUUCCGCCACCUUGUUGGUACCGGGUGAUCUGGUACUAUUCCACACCGGUGACCGUAUCCCUGCAGACAUCAGGAUUACCCACGCAGCAGACCUUACGAUCGAUGAAUCCAACCUCACUGGUGAGAACGAACCAGUCCCUAAAACACCAGAUACCCUCGAACGCGCGAAUGGUAUACAAAGGCCCGAGUCUCCUUUCUACGCAUCGCCUGCUGCUGGAACCGUUGGCGCCGAUAUUCGCUUGAACGAUCAGAAGAACAUUGCUUUCAUGGGAACUCUGGUUCGUUCGGGCUACGGGCAAGGCUUGGUGAUUGGAACCGGAGGCAACACCGAGUUCGGCGCCAUUUCUGCGUCUCUUCAGGAGAUCGAAAGCCCGCGUACUCCACUGCAACUUUCGAUGGACAGACUUGGGAAAGAGUUGAGCUACAUGUCAUUUGGCGUCAUUGCAUUUAUCAUUCUGCUGGGUUUCUGGAGAGGCUGGGAAUUUUUGGAGAUGUUCCAGAUCGGCGUCUCACUGGCCGUCGCUGCUAUUCCUGAGGGUCUACCCAUCAUUGUUACCGUCACGCUCGCAUUGGGCGUGCUCCGUAUGUCGAAGCGGGAUGCUAUUGUGCGACGCUUGCCAAGUGUCGAGACAUUGGCCUCCGUCAAUGUCGUCUGCAGCGACAAAACAGGCACGUUGACUACGAACCACAUGACAGUAACCAAGAUCUGGCACUUUGACGAGCCCUCACCUAUCGAUGUAAAGACGAAGCAUGACUCGGAAGCUCUGGACUCUCCUACACGCAAUAUCUUGCGGAUAGGUAACAUUGUUAACAACGCACGCCUUGUCGGUCCCCAAGCGGCGUCUACUGCUGCAGUCUUAUCUUCUACGAUCGGCGACGACAGCUCUGGGGCGAAGAGCCGGUGGGUCGGGCAACCGACCGACAUUGCUCUCCUGGACCUUCUCGAUGCUUUCAGCGAGGACGAUGUAAGGGACAGGAUUGGCGCUCGUCUUUACGAGACCCCUUUCAGUUCCGAAAGGAAGUGGAUGGGUGUUGUUAUCAGCGGAAGUGCAGGUGCGGACCUCGCGCCUGGUCCAGAGGUUGCGUAUAUCAAGGGUGCUCUAGAGAAAGUGCUCGAUCGUUGCGAUACUUACGUGACCGCGCAGGGGCACGAGGUACCGUUGGAUCAAGGUCGAAAGCAAGAAGCCAUCAAGGCUGCUGAUGCAAUGGCUCAAGAUGGUCUAAGGGUGUUAGGCUUCGCAAGUGGCUCGAAAUCUGGCCGCAAGGGAAACAGCGGCACCGCAUCACCCGCACCUUCUAGCAUCUCGGCACUAGGAGAUGAUGAGCAUUAUCGAGGCUUAGUGUUUGCUGGGCUUGUUGGCAUGAACGACCCUCCUAGGAAAGGUGUGGAAAGGGCCCUACGGCGCUUGAUGGCCGGCAAGGUCAAAGUGAUCAUGAUCACUGGAGAUGCCGAGACAACGGCCGUCGCAAUCGGCAAAAAGCUCGGUAUGCCAAUCAACAUGAACCCGUCCAUGGGCCGUUCCGUGAUACGAGGCGAUGAACUGGAUCAGAUGAGCGAGGAAGAGCUCUCACAGGCAAUUGCAACAACCUCGAUAUUCGCCCGUACAAGCCCGGAACACAAGUUAAAGAUUGUGCGCGCACUACAGGCCCGUGGCGAUGUUGUAGCAAUGACCGGCGACGGCGUCAAUGAUGCACCAGCCCUCAAAAAGGCAGACAUUGGUAUUUCUAUGGGACGGCUCGGAACGGAUGUCGCCAAAGAAGCUGCGGACAUGAUCCUUACAGACGACAACUUCGCCACUAUUCUCAAUGCCAUCGAGGAAGGGAAGGGCAUCUUCUAUAACAUUCAGAACUUCAUCACUUUCCAGCUCAGUACAUCUGCUGCUGCUCUAAGCUUGGUUCUUCUCAGCACCUUCCUCGGUUUCCAGAAUCCGCUCAACGCUAUGCAGAUUCUUUGGAUAAAUAUCCUCAUGGACGGACCACCGGCCCAGUCACUUGGCGUUGAACCGGUUGACCCAGCCGUCAUGUCGCGACCACCUCGCCCUCGCCACGCACGAGUCCUGACUCGCGCCCUUCUUCAACGUGUGUUACAGUCCGCAUCAAUCGUAAUGCUUGGCACACUUUUUACCUACUACCGUGAAAUGGGCGAUGAUAACGAAAUAACCGCCCGCGAUACCACCAUGACCUUUACCUGCUUUGUCUUAUUCGAUAUGUUCAACGCGCUCACCUGCCGCUCAGAGAGCAAGUCCGUCCUCGCGGGCGAAAUCCAAGUCUUUGGUAACAAAAUGUUUAAUUACGCUGUAGCCGGAAGUCUCGUUGGGCAAUUGAUGGUUAUCUACUUCCCGCCUCUGCAGAGUAUCUUCCAGACCGAGGCGCUAGGCCUGAUGGACAUCGUUCACCUGGUUGCGGUGGCUAGCUGUGUGUUCUGGGCAGAUGAGGCGCGCAAGUGGCUGAAGAAGCGGAAGAUGACGAGAGGAAUGCCAGGCGGUUACAGUGCUAGUGUAUGA